AUGGCCGACGUCGAUAAGGGCGCCGUCGCCCAGGCGGAAAAUGUCUCCGAGAAGCCCCAGCGCCGCGGAGGCUUCCUUGGCCACUGCGCCAGGUUCUGGUGGGCGUAUCUAAUUUUCCUUUGCGUGGUGGUCGUCGUUGUCGUACCUUGCGUCUUGUUGGUUGCUGUGCCCAAGUUGGCUCAGGAGAAGCUCGACGAGGCCGAGCUCACUCUUGACAAGAUCACUGUCACCGGCACUCAGAGCAAGCGCCUGACCAUGAAGAUUGACACCCAAAUCCACACUGACGGCUCUGUUCACGCCACUGUCAUGGGCUUCGAGGGUGUUAUGUACCUCACGGACUACGAGCCGCAGACUCCUUUCGCUCGGAUCAACUUCCCAGAGACCACCAGCGAGAAGCACCAAGUUGUCAACGUUACUCAGGAGAUUGAGAUUGAUGACGUCGAAGCCCUGACUCGCUUCAACACCUGGUUGCUUCACAACGAAACUGUCCGUGUUACCGUCGAGGGCGACACCAAGGUCAAGGUCAGGGGUAUUCCUCGCAAGUAUGGUGUCACCUUCAAGAAGACUAUUGAGAUGCCUGGCUUGAAGAUGUUUGAGGGUCUCAAGGUUAACGAGACUUCCAUCAACCUCAACCCCACCGACAACUUCUGGGGCACUGCUUGGAUUCCCAACCGCUCUCAGGUCGCCAUUGAGCUUGGCAAUGUUACCUUCCACGACUACCUCUUGGGUGAGGAGGUUGGUGAGGUCUACCUCGAUAACCUGACUCUGCAACCCGGCAUGAACCGUCACAUUAUGCGUGCGACAAUCGAGGCCGACCCAGUCUUGAACGCCAUGCAGAGCGAGCCUUACUGCCACCCGGGCAAGGGCAUCCUGCCCUUCGUUAUCCGCGGUAAGAAGGUCGUUAACAACGGCCAGUCGCUCGACUACCUUGCCAACGCACUCGCGACUGGCAACCAGACCGUUCCCAUUGACAUCGGCUGGACCCUCAAGAACUCGCUCAACAUCACCCUUCCUUGCAAAGACGACAGCGAGUAA